AUGGGUUUCGGAGACCUCAGAUCUACCGCCGGCCUCAAGGUGCUGAAUGAGUUCCUUGCUGACAAGAGCUACAUCGAGGGGUAUGUUCCCUCCCAAGCUGAUUUUGCAGUAUUUGAGGCGCUCUCAGGAGCCCCCCCUGCUGAGCUUUUCCAUGCUUUACGUUGGUAUAACCACAUCAAGUCAUAUGAGAAGCAAAAAGCCAGUUUGCCUGGAGUAAAGAAACCCUUGGGAAAAUACGGUCCAGUCAAUAUUGAAGACACAACAAACAGUGCACCUAAGGAGGCUAAAGAAGAUGAUGAUGACGAUGACAUUGACUUGUUUGGCUCAGAUGAUGAAGAGGAAAGCGAAGAGGCACAGAGAAUCAGAGAGGAGCGCCUGGCACAAUAUGAAUCAAAGAAAUCAAAAAAGCCUGCACUAAUCGCCAAAUCUUCAAUCCUGCUUGAUGUGAAACCAUGGGAUGAUGAAACUGACAUGGCAAAAUUAGAAGACUGUGUCAGAAGUAUUCAGAUGGAUGGCUUGGUUUGGGGGGCAUCCAAGCUUGUUCCUGUUGGGUAUGGAAUAAAGAAACUGCAAAUCCAGUGUGUUGUGGAAGAUGACAAAGUUGGCACAGAUGUCCUAGAGGAGAAAAUCACAGCAUUUGAAGACUAUGUACAGUCCAUGGAUGUUGCUGCCUUUAACAAGAUCUAA